CUUUGAUCAACGAUCGUUACAAAUAAAACAUUCAAGUGAAUUUUUAUAUUCAAUCCUUUUUAAAGAAAGCGCGUAAAACGGAAAGCAGCCGUGUUUAUCGAAUAAAAUACAACUUUAUAGGAUAUAGUGUUUUAAAAUGACAACUCUUCAAACCGAUGACUUGGACCAAAUUUUACAAGACCAAUUUACGAGUGAAUUUCGUAAUGGGUACAUCAAAGUGCGCGGUUUUUGUUUACCAGCGAGAUACGAAGUUUUCGCAGACGUGAUUGAAAACUUCGAAGUCAAGGAUGACGAUAUUUGGGUUUGCAGUUUUCCAAAGACUGGGACAACAUGGACUCAGGAAAUGAUCUGGAACAUUGCAAAUAAUUUAGACUUUGAAGGAGCCAAAGUUCAUUUAUCCGAAAGGUUCCCCUUUUUCGAGUACUCCAUACUUUUUGAUUAUUUACCUUACGCAAAACUUCAUCCGGAAGUGCAGUUACCUCUAUCAACUUUGGAUAGCGUGGAGUAUACGAAAAAUAAAGCUUCUCCAAGAUUCAUCAAAACUCAUUUACCUUUUGAUUUGCUCCCACGCCAGAUUCGGACAGGGGAGAAAAAGCCGAAGAUUAUUUACGUGGCGAGAAAUCCAAAAGAUACCUGCAUCUCUUAUUUCCAUCAUUGUCAAAUAAUAGAAGGUUAUCGUGGCAAUUUUUCCGACUUCUGUCGCCUUUUCCUAGCAGAUAAACUGAGUUAUACUUCAUAUUGGAACCACGUUCUCGAUUUCUGGAAGAAGCAAACCACUCUCAAUAUGUUAUUAUUGAAAUACGAAUAUAUGAUAGCUGAUUUGCCUGGUGCGAUAAGGAAGUCAGCUGCGUUCCUUAAUAGGACUCUGACUGACGCUCAAGUAAGAGUAUUAGAGGAACAUUUGAAGUUUGCCAGUAUGAAGAAAAAUCCAGCUGUGAAUCACGAGGAUGUGGUCCAAAGGAACAAGGAGCGGAAAAAAAUCACCGUUGAAGGUUCGUUUAUCCGAAAUGGUAAAGUCGGCGAGUGGAAGGAGAGAUUGCCCGACAACGUGAUACAAGAAUUUGACAGAUUAACAAAAGAAAGAUUUUCUCCGUACCAUCUCAAUUUCUGAACGACGCUGUACAU